AUGGGACAUUUCACCAUGAAACUGUUAAAUAAUGGUAAUCGUCUAUAUUCUAUAAAACAUGAACACGGUCAGUUAAAAAUGUUUACUCAAAUGAAUGAGUAUCGUUUAAGAGAUUUAUUUACUGAUGUCACGUUAAAAAUAAAUGAUCAAAACAUUCGCGCACAUAAAGUCGUUCUCUCAGCUGGUUCAUCUUAUUUUGCGUCAAUGUUCGAUAGUCCUCUAAUUGAAUCAAAACUCGAUGAAAUCGAUAUGACAAAAACGAUACCGUGUCCGAUGGCAUUAAAUUGGAUUAUCGAUUUUAUAUACAAUUCAUCAAUUAGUCUGAAUGACAAAAAUGUAUUACCACUACUCACUUGUUCAUUUUGUUUACAAUUAGAUUCAUUAUCCAAUAUGUGUAUUUCUUACUUGGCUGAUCAACUUCAUUCAAGUAAUUGUGUAGGAGUGUUAUUGUACGCUAAACAAUAUCAAUGUGAACAAUUAGAAACAAUAGCACAAAAUUAUGUUUAUAAUCAUUUUGAAGAUGUUGUGAGGAAUGAAGAGUUUUUAAAUUUAACAGCAAGUGAUCUCUAUAAUAUGAUUAGAGAUGAUAAUGUCAAAGUCAAAUGUGAAUCAAUUAUUUAUAAUGCUGUCAUGCAGUGGGUUCGGCACGAUCCUAUUAAACGUCGUUCUGAACUAGAAGGCUUACUGCCUUGUGUUCGUCUGUGUUUUUUGCCUCCAUCAUUUCUUGAACAUGCCAAAUGUGAUGAAAUCUACGGUACAGACGAUAUGCGUAAAUGUCAAGAAUAUUUAUCACAAGUUUACAAUAAAUUAACCUCACACAAAUAUUGUCGUUUGCCACCAAGACGACAGCCGAUCAAACCAUUGGUCAUAUGUAGGUGUCUCGUCUUCUUAACAUAACGUCUCAACUAAGAUGCAAUCCAUAUUUUAAUCAAGUAUCUCAGUUGAUAAUAUCUCACGAGGAAAGGACACCAACUGUCUAAUCGCUUUUAGGCUAAGACUCACUGGACAAUAGGUAAUCGGGUGUGCUGAAUCCGAAUAUGACAAUGAUUUUUGCUGCUAGGCCUUGGUAGACUCAGUUGUCUAGAAAAGCAGUUUUCCAGAAACUCUAGAGAAUAACCAAAAGCUUUCUUAAUGAGAUGCAAUUGUACCUCGGAAAUUUUUGAUUAAAAUGAGACAUAUCCCACCUCUACAUGACCUUUCUUUGCAAAGUUAUAGAGUUUACAAGAAAAGUCCUAAAUUCAUUUUUCCUUUUUCUUUCCGUAGCUCUGUGGUGCCAAUGAACAUUUAGGACUUUUCUUGUAAACUCUAUAACUUUGCAAAGAAAGGUCAUGUAGAGGUGGGAUAUGCCUCAUUUUAAUCAAAAAUUUCCGAGGUACAAUUGCACCUCAUU